UGUUCACAGCGCUGUCAGUGUUCUUCAAUUCAUACCUCGUUCUAGAUUUUCUAUUGAGCUUCUGCACGUUACGAUUAAUUACUAGCAGUUCUCUACGUGAAAAGUGAAAAAAUUGAAUGCGUAAUAUCGCUAGUAAAUGUUCGUAAAUCCUAAAUUUCAGCCUGAAUUCGUAUUAUUCAUCUACGGAUUAGUGUAAAGUUACGUAAUUUCUUCGUGAUAGGCGUGGAAUUUGGUGCGAGAAAACUGCUGCUCGUGGACAGAGGCACUGUUGAAGAAAAAUCAACACGAUUGCAUAAACGAAAAACCACCGAAGGCGAUUUUAGCUUUGGAAGUUACUUAUUUGUGAAGGCAAGAUCUUGGGGAUAAAAUUUAGAUUUCACAGGCUAGGUAGCUGAUGUCCCAGCAUAAGGGAUAAUGCUACGGGAGCUGAUAGCCUGGGUGCUGAACAAUUACCUAGGAAAAUAUGUGGAAAAUCUCAAUACAGCCCAGCUAACAAUUGCGCUGUUGUCUGGUCAAGUCGAACUUGAAAACCUCCCGUUGCGCAAAGAUGCACUUCGCUGUCUGGGACUUCCUCUUCAAAUCAUCAACGGCACUAUCGGCAAAGUGAAGCUAACUGUUCCAGUGCGACAAUUUCGAACAGCAUCCUGGUGUUUGAAUAUUGACAACGUGAACGUAGUUUGCGGCCCGAUCGAUCUGAACGAAUGGAAUAGUGAAAUCGAACAACAAACGGAGCUUGACUUCAAAAUAGCCGCUCUCGAUGGGUUGGAGGCGAAAUGGCGGGCCCAACGAGAAACUCCCCAAACGGAGGGGAGCUACUACGCAUCUUCUUAUUCGGGAUGGCUCAGUUAUGGUACAUCGCUGAUGACCAACAUUGUCGAAAACUUACAACUCAAGGUCAAUGGGAUUCACAUCCGUUACGAAGAUGGACUAACGAUUCCCAACCAGCGGUUUGCUUGCGGAAUAAACAUUGAAGCGCUUUCUGCGCAGAGUUGCGAUGCUAAUUGGCUCCCUGGACAGACGUCAAACUGGGCUCAACAGCAGGUCACAUUCAAGCUGGUUGAGUUGACUAACUUCGCAAUCUAUUGGGAUCCAACCGCCCGAGAGGAACAGGUGUAUAUUAUAAAUCCGAUUAGCGCCAAAGCACAGUUGAAACGUGAUCGCAGUGAAACGCCACUGCGAACCCGCAGUCGGCCGCGGUUGGUAUGCGAUUUGAUAUGGGACGAGAUAAAAAUUACUUUUAGUGAUAUUCAGUACAAUCAAAUGAUGCAAUGCGUGCGGGGAUUAGAUGAUAUCGCCCGCUAUCGGCGGUUCAAGUUGAAUCGACCAAACUCUACAAUACAGGACGAUGCAAAAGCUUGGUGGCGUUACGCAGCUCGCUGUCAUGGGUUUAUCAGGCGUACCCAAAAUGAUCCUUUCGAGAUCGCCAAAGAAAAUAUGCGCUACAUUAAAGUGUAUGGUCGAGUGAUUGCUAAUCCUAAUGAAGUACUGUCAAGCGAGAAUAAAUUUUUCAAGGACCGGAUAGAGCGGGAGCGUGAGUUUGAUGAACUGCGUCUGCUAAGAGACAUCUGCAUGAUGCAGAUGCCCUCGCUGGACACAACCUCACAGAUGAAUCAGGGAAAAAGUAUUCUAGUCCAUUUCUUCCCACAAUGGUGGAGUGGGUACAACAAUAACAAUGUAAGUGUGGAAGAUUUACCGUCGUCGAUAGAACCGAUCGAGGACGGUUUCGAACAAAACUGGGGUCAGGAUCAGGAUCUUAGUCCAGUAAGCAGUUUCGAAGACGAAAUUCUCAACGCUUUGGCGGAUUCAGUUGACACAAAUUCUCUAUUAAAACGGGACGCUGUCUUCGGUAAAUUUAAUUUUGUGCUGAAACGAGGUACGAUUGAUUUCUGCAGUGCACUGGAAAUGACCCCGAUGUUGCAAUUUCAGUUUCAAAAUCUCAAGUUGGACUUAGAGACGAGACCACGAAGUGGUUCACACUAUGUUAGUCUUUCCUUGGGAUCCAUCCUGAUCAAAGAUCGCAUCACACCAAAUUCACAGUUUCCGGACUUGGUUAAACCCCAAGCCAAAGAAGAAUUACCAAUCAAUUCUAAGGUAGCUCCAGCUAGAUCAAGAAGUCAAUCGCUGCAACUUCAACCGAUACAACCAAUCUUCGAGAUGCAAUAUGAACGAAAGCCUCUUUCGUACGAUACAGAUUAUCGACUAAUGGUUAAGUCGCAGUCGUUAGAUAUAGUUUACAAUACUGAUGCGGUUAAAUGGUUAAUAGAUUUUCUAACGAAACCUCAUCAGCAAUACGACACCCGCCGAAAGCUGGAGGAUAUGAAGAACAAAACUAAAAUGGAAUUAAUGCGUAACUGGAAAAAUAUUCUGGAAGGGCACUUGAAUACCAGGAAAACGUGGACACUAGAGUUCGACAUAUCCGCCCCUCAGAUCAUAUUUGUGGACAAUUUUGCGGACCGUCAAAAUAGUACAACUGUUGUCGUAGACUUUGGCCGAUUACAGCUUACCAAUGGUAACAAAACAUUUUCAAAAACAGUGAUGAGCAAAAAAACUAACAAUACGGAUGUUUCACCCGAGGUUAAUACCGAAAACGAUGAGGAUGACGCAUUUAUGACUCCGUGUUCUACGCCUCCGGGUUCAGAAGCCAGUACAACCAAUUCUCCAACAUUGGAGACCGCCUUUUCCGAACUACCGGAACUGAAUGCAGCGAGCGCGGAUACCUUGGAUGAGCAUGCUCUCUAUAAAAAAUUAUACGAUCGUUAUCAGCUUCACCUGACCGAUCUUCAGGUGCUGGUGUGUCGAGGAAAGGAACGGUGGAACUUUGCUAGUACCAAGGGUACUUCCACACUCCACGUACUGGAUCGUUUCAACAUAUCCCUACAGGUAGAACGACGAGUAGUGUACACAAGUGACCCACAGUAUCCUAGUUUGACUAUGUCCGGUACUCUUCCGAAGCUGAAUGCACACAUUAACGAGUACAAGUUGUCUACUUUGUUUACCCUUGUCAAUACACUUUCAAAAGUGGGACCAGCUCGGGGAGGUGAGGUACCCGAAGUUAUCGAAAAAUUUAAUUCCAACGGUGAAAACAUUUCCAAAUCACCGAAUGAUGAGAAUAGUACCUCAGAUACCAGUUCGGCCUAUAGGAAAGAAUCGUCAAAUAUAAUUGUGUUUCAAUUCACUAUCGAUCAGCUCUCAUUGGAGGUACAAUCCAGGGGUAGAAGCAUUGCAGAGCUUCAGGUUUCAGGAGUAAAGGCCGGCUACAGCAAACGACCGGAGGAUAUUACGUUAACAUUAUCCGUGCACGGUCUCUUGCUGGCCGAUGCAAUGCAAUCUUUCGGGCCGGAUUUCGAGCUUCUGAUCGCCAGUCAUCGACACGUGGGAAUGGAUAGCUUAUCGGGAAGUCUGCGUCAAAGCGAACCAUGUUCGCCGUGUUCGCCAGGGUCUCCGGAUCCGAAUGUUGACAGUGGACGACCAACAAGCCCGCUUACAAUAUCGAAAGCGCUGAACAAUUUACAAAGAGAAGUAACUUCUCCCACAUGGAAUGCUGCUCAACAUGGGGAUCUAGACGCACUUAUCACCGUAGAGAUAAUAUUCGUUAACAGCGAGAAGGUUGGUGAUAAUCUUCAGGUAGCGAAUAUUCAGUUCAAUAAUCUAGAUAUCAUAGCAAAUCAAGAGACAAUCGUCGAGCUUCUUGGGUUCAUCAAGCGUGUCAUGCCGAAGGCUCCCCCGAAACCACCUGAUCAAGCGGAGCCCAUACCGACACCGGAAAAUAAUCAGGAAUUAUCCACUGGAUCGAUUGCACCAGUACCCGCUGACAGCGUAAACCCGAACAACCUCGGGCGAACAGAGAUUACUUUCGAUUUCCAUCGACUAAACGUACUGAUUCUUCGAGCAUUGAUGCGUGAUAGCUAUUUAGUCGGUAGAAAGGUAGGAACAUUCACAAUGUCCGAAGCUAGGAUCCACGCGUCGCUUGGUUCGAAUAUGACCGUGGAAGGGUCGCUUGGAGGACUGCAAGUACUGGAUCUUACACCAGAAGGUAUCAAUCAUCAGAGGAUUCUUUCGGUGGGCAAGGAUCCCCUAACCGAUCCACCCGACAUGCGUCGUGGACCAGAUUUAAUGACUUCGUUGGCUCAGGAAGUUUACGGUGUACAACAAAAAGACACACUAGAAGGUUUACGAGAAGAAAGGCAAGCACUUUCAUUUUGUGUGUCCAAAGAUGUAAAUGCAGUUAUCGAUGUUCGCGUAAAAAUGGCAUCUGUAUGGUUUAUUCAUUGCGCUCGAUUUAUGCAGGAACUUAGCUGGUGUGCAACGGAAUUUAAGCACUACCUGAAAAAUUUAGCCCGAUCCAUUAGAGACAAGGCCACGGAUAUGGCGCUAGGUCUUGUGCAAUCCAGAAGUGAUUUAUCGAGCAGUAGACCUGAGAGUAUUUACAAUUCGCCGCGUAGAAGUAGACGUCACAGGGUAGUUUCGCUGUCAAAAACUCAAGAAGUUUUGCUCAAUGCUGAAUACACACUAAAGGUCAACAUAACCCUGGAAACCCCGGUAUUGAUACUACCUAGAUCGAGCACUAGUACACAAGUGUUGGUAGCCCAUCUGGGGAAAAUUUCUGUGACUAAUGUCCACAAGUUGGAAGAUAGUACUUCCAGUUCUAGUCAAAAUGAUAUAACUACCACGAUAAUUGCCGAAGAAAACGGCUUUGAUGAACAUAUUACAUUCAACCUUAGUGAUUUAGAUGGCGUUUUCGAGAUUCGGAAUGAAGAGAAAAGCUUUAAAGAAAUUCGCUUCGCUAAGGAGAACUCGAUGGAUUUUAUAGACCAUUCGAUGGAAAAUUUCGACCUCUACAAAAUUGAUAUUAAAAAUAUCAAUCUCUACUCGUUGGAUACGACUAACAGAAAGGGGUUUCGAUUCUCGGCACUACCUCGAGCGGAAGAAUUUUACUCUUGCAAAGAAAAUGCUGUUCCAAUCAUUCAUGACACAAUAUUUUCGUUAGAAAUAUCCCGAGACAGCACUGAAAUCGACAGCGAUGGGUUCAAAAUUUUCGGCUGUGUUGUAAAACCCCUAAGACUAUCGCUUAAACGACAACAGUACGAGCAACUACUGGAAACAAUUGACAAUGUGUUCAAAAUUCCCAGAGAUUUGGUGCGACCACCCUCCGAAUCCGCGGUGCCCGCCAAGCAUCCGGAUAUAAUUGAAGAAUCAACCUUCAAUGCCUAUCCAAUCACUGAAAAGGUCCGCCGUGGUCUCAUGUAUCAAAACAGUUUCGAAGAGCGCCCAUCUUCUUUAAACAUGAAAGUAAACUUCGAACUACCAGCAUUCAUAAUCCAACUCAAUGACGCCAAGAAUGUACCUCAGAUUCAAAUCUCUUUGAGGAAUUUCUCUGUGGCCUUCGAAAAACGUAACGUCUAUGAAACCCACGUUAAAAUCUCACUACGCUCAAUCAUGAUGGAAGAUUUGCUGCAGGCGGAUACUGCCAAAAACCGGUACAUGGUUAUAUCAUCGUCGCAAAGCGACCAUUACGGCAGGCCGGCUUCGUCGUUCGCAUCGCAUUCCUGUCCAAACCUGGUCGGCUUACUAACAAAUAUAGAAGAGCUACCAAAUUCCCUGCCGAACAAUCUUGACGACAAAACUGGAUUCUACUUCUUAACCGCAAACAAGACGCUAUGCCCGGACACUCCUCCACCCUCUCCAUCAGUGCAAAGGCUAAACAGGACGGCCGGUAGUGAUGAAGAAGCCAAUCUCGUUAUCUACACCUCGCUAAUGAUCGAUCCUGCCUGCCCGACAUUUGCUACUCAGUUCCAUUCACUUCAACAGUCCAGUUCGAUCGAUUUCAACAGUCUCGACCUGAUCGUUUCAGUGGAAAGUUGGUUUGUGCUGCUCAACUUCUUCGGGUUACUAAGCGAUGGCGAAUCAUCUAGCAGCAUUCAAAAACCUUCGCCCGAGCAAACAGCCCGAGAAGCACUGUCUAGUGGACACUCAAAACUAGACAUCUCCAUACGCUCGCUUUCGUUAGUUUUGGCUAAACCAGACUAUGAAAUAGCGAAAGCGAACGUUUCCAAUGCACAAUUGACUGUGUCCAAGCGGAAUCACGCUAAGCAAGUCGAAGGUAAAUUGGGAUCGAUAACACUGAGUGAUUUGACGUCUUAUGGAUUCAUCUAUCGGGAAAAGUUUAUGACUACAGGAAAUGAGGCAUUAAAUUUCAUCUACAUACGGGACGAAGCAAAAUCAUAUGCAAGGAAUUUGCAGAAGGAUGCAGUGUUGAAAAUUCAAAUGUCUUCGGUGCGAUUUGUACAUACCAAGCGCUUCGUUGCAGAGAUACAGCUGUUCUUCAAGGAGUUUUCUCAAUUACAAACCCCAGUGAUGCGCAAGAUUAAACCAACGGAUUCUAGAGUGCAUCUUAACGAGCGACCAACCCAAUUGGGCUUGGAAAUCAAUGCCGGCGCACCGAUUCUGAUAUUUCCUAUGGCUUUCAACAGCGAGAAAGUGAUUGUGGCUGAUUUGGGAGAGUUCACAUUGAAAAAUGAAUUUCUGAUGAGCGAUGAUCCUGAAGUGGUCAGCAUAUCCAGCAACAGAAGCGUUAAAGAAGUGCUGGACGUAAUGCAUGUCAAUCUGUUCCACACAGACAUAUUUGCUGCACACCGAAUGCUCAAGCCGGAGGGUCGUCUGGAUACAGCAGUUCAGCUCGACGAAGUUGUGGUUGAUAUGAAAAAUUACUGGCUAAUAAAGCAGGGUCCUAGUCUGCUCAAAGAUACGUGUCAUCUGAAACUGCAAGUCGAACGGAAUAUGGACUCGUGGAAUAGUCAUUUUGUUCCAGAUAUCAGCGUACAUGGGACGCUAUCCAAGCUGGAAGCGGUGCUAGAUCUGCAACAGUACCGACUAGUGCGUGGAUUCUUAUCGUACAAUUUAGGUGAAGCUUUGGACGAGCUGUACCUUCGACCGAUUUACAUUCCAAAUAGUACCCUAAGUUUGAACACCGACUCUGAUCUGAUUGAGGAAGUUUGGAAGAAUCUUUCCAUCCACUUGGAGCUUCAAGACGUGUCCGUACGUUUGGAAGCGUUGGACAGUGAGCGGAAACCCACCCCUUUAGCAUGUAUCAACUUCAUAAAAUCUAAGCUUUUGGUAGAUACUUUGAGUGAUGGAGCACAAGAUAUUGAUUUGGUCUCACAAGAAAUAUUGAUCAAAGAUACGAGAUUUGAUAAACCUCAGUCGCAGGAUGAAGUUAAAAACGUGUUUCCUGAUAUCCUUCAACCAAUCGUAACCAAUCCGGCCGACGGUCAAGUGCAAGCGGAAAUACAUAGCAGACGUCGAAAAGACCUGACCAAAUUUACCAUCCUCCUUAACAAUAUGCGUCUGAUGGCUAUUCUUGAUUGGCUAGAGAAUGCCAAGGAUUUUAUACUGCAACAGGAAGAUCAACCACUAAUUGGUUUGGAACUGAAAGCUAACGAACGAAGUGUCUCGAUGGAUACAAGUAAGCGUGCUCCAACACCCACAGAGGAAAAUCGCAUGGAGCUGAAGCUAAACAUCACCGAUUCCGAACUAGUAUUGGUGGAAAAAACGGACCAGCACGACACCAAUGCCGUCAUCCUUAAGAGUACAACCGUUGUAUCAUACCGACCGUUUGAAAGUUCCAAAACUAUGUCGAUAAAUCUCAACCAUUUAGAGGUAUUUUCCUGUGUUCUCGGAUCCGAGGACGGCACCGCAUUAUCGAUAAUUGACCCGGUUACGAUUAACAUGGAUCUUCGACGGGGCGUUCUAGAUGUCCAAAUGCAAAAGCAACUAUGCAUACGGUUGUCCUACCACGACGUGAAGAUGUUCCAACGUAUGCUGGAAUCGCUCCCGGGUCAGACAAAGUAUGCACGAGACAGCAAACAAGCGAGUGUGGAAGAGAGUCAGGAGGCAAAUACGGCCGUUGAGAAGUUAGUUCUGCUGGGCUUUAAUAGGAGUGAUUGCCUGAAAGCACUUGAGAAGUGCAACUCUCAAAUAGAUGAGGCAGCACUUUGGCUAACGCAGAACUCCGAACCGCAAAGAUACGUAUCGGACAAUCCAAAGGCUAUCGAAGCGAUUGAACUGAAAGCAGCAUGCAUAUCGAUAUGUGUGAUCGACGAUUGUAGGGAUGCAGAUGUACCAUUCGUGGAGCUUUCGUUAAGUAAACUGGAUCUACGACAGGAAUUGGGUCAGUGUACGAUGAUAGCUAAUGGAAGUGAACAGGAUCCCACUAAUGCUAUAGAAGCAUUUUCGACUACCUUCUCUGGUUUCAAGGCAGGUCGAAUGACGGGAGUGUUUGCCAGUGAUUAUUAUAAUCGAGCUUUGAGUGGCUGGGAACCACUGAUUGAACCGUGGAAAGCUGAAGCGCAGUGGGGCUAUAGCCUAGGGCAGACUGGUGCCAGUAGAAAUCGGUUAAACUUAAAAAUUGAAAGCAACGAUACUUUAAGACUGAAUAUUACUAGUACGUCGAUUGACUUGUAUCAACUUGUUAAGGAAAAUUGGACACAGGACUAUUAUAAUUCCACAAAUUUGGCAUGUAAAAGCCCAGUGAACUAUCGAAGAAGGACACCGUUUGUCCCUUUUGCAAUCAAAAAUGACACGGGUGUAAAACUUUGGUACACGACGAUUGUGUCAACGGAAACUUCGAGAUCCAGUACAGUGACGGAUACUGACACCCAAUGGACUCUUGUCGAUACUGGAGGGAUUUCAACAUUCUCUUAUUCUACAAAAAGCAAACAACGGCACCGAGAUACACACAAGUUCAACUUGCAUCAAAUAGCUGUUCGAUGUGACGGUUGGCAAGAAGUGGGACCAAUUUCUGUAGAUCGGGUUGGUACAUUCUUCCGGCAUGCCCGAUCCGAUCUGGUUGAUGACUACUCGCAGGCACCUAGAGCGAGAAUAGUAUUUGGAGUGUCGUUGGAAGGUUCCGCUCAGAAACUAAUCACUGUUCAAUCUGCCUUAAAGUUGAUCAACAAGCUGGACAAUCCGGUACUUGUUAAAAUGGAACAUCUGUACGGACAUUUAAACAUCCGUAACUGGCCAGACACGAAAACGCAAAUUCUCCACUCAAACGAAGUUCUUAAUGUUCCGCUGACUCACGUGCACGCCAUUCUAUAUUUUAGACCUUUACCGGCGAAUCUUGCUUUGCUGGAAGACGUGAGUGCUAAUCAUUCCCGAUCGGAGGAAUUGAGCAAUUCGAGUGACGGGUGGACAUUGUUGCAAAAAUUUGAUAUUCACAAGUCCUUCAAUAACAACAAUAACAACGGCUUUCAAUUUACCGACAAGGGUGUUCGAUGGAAUGAUGCGAUCGAGACAGGGGAAAUUUACCAGGAGCUGCGAACGUGUCGUGGUAUACGCGAACGAUCCUACAAAAUGCUGAUUUCCAUCCGGAAAGAGAGCUACCCCUCAAGGGAUGUAAUUCUGUUACCCGGACAUACGAUCACGCUUUGGCCGCCGAUUAGAAUUCACAACCUGCUGCCAUGCGAUUUGUUGUAUAAACUACCUUCCGGGACGCAGGGUAGAAUAUCAGCGUCGAAGACAGUAAAAAUCACGGAAAUCGAUAUGGAACAACAGGUGAUGUUGACGAUAACGUUGGAUAGCUAUCCAGAAGCGGGUCAGAUCACUAUUCCCGCGGGUUUCUAUGGAUCUACGGAGUUGGAUGUGAGACUGUUUGAUACCAAAGCUAGAAUGUUGAAACUGAGAGCCGUUAUUCAUAUUGCUAAAGGUCGUGGUAUACAGAUUUCUAUCAGUGCUCCAUUCUGGUUGGUCAAUAGAACUGGUAUACCUUUAGUUUUCCGACAGGAUGAUUUGGAUAGUGAGAGCUCGGGACAGUUCUCCGAAAAUGAACAAGCCCGCAUGAUCUCUCCUUUCAUGUUUGCGUUUUCGGAUCCAUCGAGUUCGGGCUGUCUGACUAUGCGUCUAGGAAGGCGUUUCGGGCAAGGAUUGAACUGGUGUCAACCCUUUAAGUUGGAACAGGGUACGAAACAUAGACAAUUAGUCAGCGGUAAUGAAUCAUUUAUUAUUGGAAUUGAGGUACGGCGAGCACGGGGUCGAUACAACCAGACAUCCAUAGUGACCUUCUCCCCUAGAUACCAACUGUACAAUCGAAGUUCGUACAAGCUACAAGUAUUACAAAAAUGUUUCACGGAAACGGUGUACGAUCCCGCUGCUAAAUCUGCCUUCAUUGAAGCUGUUCCUGGUUGUCAUAUAGCAUUUCAUUGGCCGCGGUUGGAUAAAGAACAAGAAUUAUGCGUUCGCCUUCCAGAAGUACCGGAAUGCUUAUGGUCCGCCGGUAUUCCAAUAUACGAAACGCAAAGUCUGUACAUCAAUCUGCGAACAGUGAACGGAGCUAUGCAAUUUCUACGUUUAGAAACGAUUCUUCAUGGUGCGACAUACUUUAUGAUUUUUAGCGAUGCUCAAUCGUUACCACCCCCCAUCCGGCUUGAUAACUAUUCCGAAGUUCCUAUCCGAUUCCACCAGGCAGCCGCUAAACACCAGUUCAAGACGACGGUUAGACCGCGAAGCUCGAUUGCUUACGUUCUUGACGAUCCACUGGGGAACAAAUAUCUGCAACUAGAAGCACCUGGCGGUGAUUUCGAGAACUGCUCACUAAACGGGUUUGAGAACUUCAGGUUAACCUACGAAAACUUUAUCUAUAUUGCAUUCAGUCAGACGUUUGAGGCAACUCCAUCGUUUGAUUUUGGAAACUCCAACGAUUGGGAUGUGAAAACACAACAGCUUGUCCUGGGUGUAACGGAUGGUCGAGUAGUUCUGGUGCGGAAACAGGCAGGGGAUCGAUCCCAGUUGUGGAGAAUGAAUCACGAAAAACAAUUGGAACAUGAAGGCUCUUCACCACCCAGUGAACCAGGGAAAAAACAAGCAAGGUUCGUGUUGGAUUUGGAAAGACCACCUCAACCGAUGCAGUUCAUCAAUUUGGUCGUAAGGCCGACAAAUCGACAGCGAAAGUCAACGCAAACUUGGCGAUUCACCGAAGAAGGCCGUCUUAUGUGUGAACACUCGAACAUGUGCGUUCAGGCGAAAGGCGGUAUCUUUGGGCUUCAGGCCGGUUCCGAAGCAGUAUUAGGAAUGUGUGUUUCCGAGACAAAAGCGUUGAAUAGGUAUGGAGUUCCCUACGACCAAGCCAUUGAAAGGCAGAAAUUAAGACCUGGUUCGGGCUGUCUUUCCGUAACCUACCGUAUGGAUGGACCAAUAAAAUGCAUCCAAAUCAAAGAUGUCAAAAAUCUGUCCGGCGGAGCUCUUGCUUUCGAUACUUCCUGGAUGCAUGUGUCUCACAUCCUAAGUGAACAACCAGGGCGGAAAUCAUUCAACGAUCAGACUAAGGUUACUAAGGAACAACAGGAGUACUAUGUUGUACUUAAACUGCGGAAAGGUAUCGGGCUAUCCCUGAUCUCCAGCUGCGAAGAGCUAGCUUAUGUAACGCUCGAAGACAUCAACAUGGAACUCAUCUCUACUCCUACCGUCCUUUCGCUGGACUUCAGUGUAGGAGAUAUGCAAAUCGACAAUCAGCUUUUUGAAACAUCCUGUCCAAUUACUUUGUACACAAUCAAUCCACCGUCAUUCAACGAAUCCCCGAAUCGAGCAGGUUUACCAUCUUUGCAACUGAAUGUAAAGCUACUACCAAGUCCAAACACGAAUGCCAUCAUAUUCGAACAUUUUAUACUAAGCAUCCGCCCGGUAGCAGUCUAUCUAGAGGAACGGCUCAUCCUGCGACUGAUCAAGUUCACCGGUUUAGCCAAAAAUCCCGUUGAUCCGACUGCUCUUCCCGACGAAUCUGAUUAUGAAGCACAAAAGAUUGUCUACAAGGUUCUCGAUGCUAACGUGAAGCGAUUUUAUUUUGGCGAUCUACAGAUCGUUCCAAGUCAAAUAAGACUGAGCUUCAUUACCGCUUCCAAACUGGCACCCGAGUUCGCCGAGGUAAAGAGAAAUCUCGGAUUUACCUUCAUUAAGUUCGAAGACGCGAUUAUUAACUUUGAAAAGUUUACGCACAAAUGUCAUUUCGAAACAAUGGAUGCAUACUUAAAUGCAAUAAAAAUGCACUACAAGCAAGAACUCAAAUGGCAGGCUGCGUCCAUUCUUGGCUCCGUAGACUUUUUGGGUAAUCCGCUAGGCUUCGCCAGUGAUCUUACGGAGGGAGUUUCUGGUUUGCUGUUGGAAGGAUCAAUAUCAUCACUAGUCAAGAAUGUUACACAUGGGAUAUCUAAUUCAACGGCUAAACUCACUGAGACAAUAUCCGAUGGUUUGGGCAAGGUGGUAUUUGAUGACGAACACGUUGAAGCUCGUCAGAAGAUCUUAGAUGUGUCAGGAGGUAGCGGAAGCACAACCGGUGAUCAUUUAGUUGCAGGUUUCAAAGGAUUCACCUUCGGUUUGGUGGGAGGCGUUACGAGUGUUGUCAAGCAUACCUAUUACGGCACAGUAAACGAUGGCUUUUCUGGUUUCAUAACAGGUCUUGGAAAGGGCUUGGUAGGAACUGUCACGAAACCAGUGAUUGGAGUGCUCGAUCUGGCAUCGGAGACUGCGAAUGCGGUUCGAGAACAAAGCAAAAACUCUAGUCGAAUACUACCCGAGCGAAAAAGACACCCACGAGUUGUGACAGGUGGCCCUGGGGGACUACUGCCACCGUACUCAAGUCUCCAAAGCAAAGGUCAGCAGUACCUUUUUUUGAUUAACAAACGAAAUUUUGCCGAACAAUUUAUGGCAUAUGAACCCUGUCUGUUAGAUACCAAAGAAUCAAAAAUGAGACUUCUUGUUUCCGCUGAGAACGUUUGGGGUUUCUCGAAAAACGAAGAUACCACAACAAUUGUUUUCCACUAUCGGCUCAGUGAGAUUAUCUCGUGUCAGCCGGUGAUUAAUCCUCCACCAACGGCAUCGGAUCCAAACCCUCGAGCGAAAAAGACAACAUACAUCGAGUUCUGUCUGAUGCUUCCCUCUAAAUCCCUUACGCCAAGUGCACCGGAGAUGGUGAAGAGACCUCGUGUACGCUGUCAAAACGAGGAGAUUGCUAAAAAAAUAUGCCAUCACAUCAACUUCGCCAAGUGCAUAUACGACGAACGUGAACAAACCCUAAACUCAAAUGCUGUGAUUGAACCGUGAAGUGAAACAAAACGUAAAACGUACUGAACUGUACCGGUUAAUUGAUAGUCCGUGCUCCUUUUGGGGCGAUGUUGAAAUUUGGAAUGUUGAAUCAAUAUUGGAAAUGCCUGUUGUAGCUUUGGUUUAAUAACAAUAAUUUUCGUUAUUUUUAAAAUCCCAAACGAAGCUCUAUAGUUUGUUGAAUUAAAUUAUUUUACAAUGAA